UUCAUUUUUAGAACACACGCGACCUCGUCUUCGCCAAUCGCCGCUCCCUUGCAGAAAACCCUAACCCCAGAAGAGAGAGAAGAUGAAGCACAACCCAAGUCUCAAGGCUCACUUCAUGUCGUCGUCGAGCGUCCGUCGUGUGAUUAUGAGUGCUCCACUCUCCGGCAACGUCCGAUCAAUGCUUGUGCGCAAAAAAGAAGACGAAGUCCAAGUUGUUCGUGGUACCUCAUGGUCGUAAAUGUUUCUUGGAAGCUCGGUUUUCAGCUCAACCUCAAUCAUCAAUGGCGGCCCUGUUCUUCCUCGGCUGCUGCUUCUCUCUGUUCUUCUCCAACGACCUGCAAGGGCUCCAGUGUGCCCCUUUAUCAUUCUGUCCUCAUAAAUGCCGUAAAGAUGUCGUUCUUAAGUCCACCAUAUUGCUGAUUGUUCUGAACAAAGUUUUGCUAGUGGGAACUAAAUCUAGCACCUGUAUAGGAAUGCCCAUCGUGACAAAUGCUUCAGUAAAUGCUGUUGUAGAACAGUUGCUUGAUGACAAAGCUAUUGUCUUCAAAUAUAAGAACUACAGACGAAAUAUUGGUCAUAGACAGGUGAUGAAAGAUGGAAGAAUUGUUCAAUCAGGAAGAUUCGAUUACAGACCCAGAUGGUGAACUUGUCAGACAAAUGGAUGCUCAUCAAAAAUCACUAGAACAAGUAAAUACCAAUGAUUGUGUAUUUCGUAAUUCAACAGCAUAGUGAUCUUCAGUUUCUCUAGCAGAACUUAUAGGAGAAAAUUCUUCAUGCUCGAUUAAGUAUGACAAGCUAGCAAAGAGUAAUGAAAUGGAAGCUGUAAGAGGACAAGUAAAUUGGCAUGCCUAUGAUUCCGCCUGGUUAUCCUAACUCGGGUUCGUCCUCUGGUGUUAAUUAGAUGCAGCAGUAGUAUCAUAUUAGUACUGAUGAUCAAAGAGCAGCAGCCACUGCCACAACAACAGCAACAUCAGGAGCAGCAACCACCACAACAACAGCACCAACAGUUGGCAGCAAUAUUCAUUCAUGUUUGUUUUUUUCUUUCAUAUUUCCAAGUCAAAUGGAGUAAUUUUUAGUCAGUUGGAUUUUGAUGGUUUCCGCUUUGUGUUGGAAACUGACAACUUCAAGUUGAAAUUUUAAUGGUUUUCAUGUUUGGUUAGAGGAUGGAGUACCCCAUGAUUUACAUGGGGUUGUUUGUAAUGACCUUGAUUUUUGGCUUUGUUUUAAUAAAAUCAUCAUAAUUAUUUCUAUUUGUUUUUUGUUACUUUUGUUU